AGUCAUUGCAAUAGUCUAGUUUUAAUUUUGCUUGGUUGUCAUCAUACCUUUGUUCCUCGACUCUCCAUCUGCCUCCCUCACAUUGUACGACAAUGCCGGGCAACCGCGUGACGGAAGGUGAGGCUGAUGAUCAACCUCGAACCUUCGACGCCCGCAAGCUCGAGCCCGCCCAAAGAAAACGUUCGGCCUCACCUACAAAAAAAACCACACCGUCCUCCUCCACGAACCCACGACCCGGCCGGCCCAACAACGAAUACGACAACGCCAAUGACGACCUCCCACAGCCCUUCGAUGCGAAGAAGCUCCAGCCAGCCAAGAAGCGCGCACGCUCCCCCUCCCCGGGCGCCAGCGCCGGGUCAGACGGCGCCGGCGCGCCGCGCAAGCUGAAGCGGCCGGGGCAGCGGGCGCGCAUCAGCGAGGCGGAGCGCGAGCAGAUCCGUCAGCGGGCGCUGGAGCGAGAGCGGGCGGCGGAGCAGGAGGCACGCGUCGCCUCGUCCUCGGGGACGACGCCGGACGCGGGGCGGGCGGCGAUCAACGACGUGGUGCGGGCGCACUACAACGCGGUCCCCGAGCGCGGCCGCGACUGGCGCAAGACGGACAGCCGCAUCCGCGGCCUGAGGAGCUUCAACAACUGGGUCAAGAGCUGCGUCAUCCAGAAGUUCGCGCCCGCCGAGGACCACGUGCCCGGCGCCAUGGAGCGCGGCGUCAUCAGCCCGGACGGCCAGCUGUGCGUGCUCGACAUUGGCUGCGGCAAGGGCGGCGACCUGGGCAAGUGGCAGCAGAGCACCCAGCCCGUCCAGCUGUACGUCGGCCUGGACACGGCCGAGGUGUCCAUCGAGCAGGCGAGGGAGCGGUACCGGCAGAUGUACAGCCGCGGUAGGGGCGGCGGGCGUGGUGGCAGGGGCGGGUACAACAGGCGGCCGGCCCCGCCGCUGUUCGAGGCCCAAUUCCACGUCAAGGACUGCUACGCCGGCUCGGUCGGGGACGUGGAGAUCGUGCGGCAGGUCGGCUUCGCCUCGUCGACUCUGAGCAGCAGCCGCGGCUUCGACGUCGUCAGCAUGAUGUUCUGCAUGCACUACGCGUUCGAGAGCGAGGAGAAGGCGAGGCAGAUGCUCAAGAACGUGGCGUGCGCGCUCAAGAAGGGUGGCCGCUUCAUCGGCUGCAUCCCGAACUCGGACGUCAUCAGCAGCAAGGUCGAGGAGUUCAACAAGCGGGCCGAGGAGCAGCGGAAGAGCCGCGAGGCCCGGGGGGACAAGGAGGAACCGGUCGAGGACGGCGAGGUCGAAGAGGGGAAGGCCGAGGCGACAGCAGAGUGGGGCAACGAUAUCUACCGAGUCAGGUUCCCGGGGAAGACUCCCGAUGACGGCAUCUUCCGGCCGCCGUUUGGGUGGAAGUACAACUUCUUCCUCCACGAGGCAGUCGAGGAGGUGCCCGAGUACGUGGUGCCUUGGGAAGCCUUCAGAGCCCUGGCCGAGGACUACAACCUGGAGCUGCAGUACCACAAGUCCUUCUCAAGCGUUUGGGAGACGGAGAAGGACGAUCCGGAAUUGGGGCCCCUGAGUGAGCGCAUGGGGGUCAGAGAGAGGGGCGGCGGUCCGCUUCUAGUCACCCCUGAGGAGAUGGAGGCUGCGAGCUUCUACGUGGCGUUCUGCUUCUACAAAGUAUAGCACCCAGGACGUUUAAGGACUAAAAAACCCGGCAGGGGCUGGAAGCUGGACACGCGUUAAAUUUUUCCUAGGCGUGGGCAGCCGGGCCGCUGUUCUGUUGUCUAUGUUUUUGUAUGAUAAGAAAUCACGCAGCAAGCCACGAGACAACUAUGCCAGGGGAAGACUUA